AUGAGUGCCAGUGUCCACCAUAAAGUAGGUGUAACCAUUGGCAAUCGAGUGAAAUCUUGUCCUCGACGUUCUGCCUUUGAUAAAGGUGUAAACCUAGGUUACCAUAAAAGUAGAAUGUCCGAUAUCAAAUUUAUCCUUCGGCCAGAAAGUUUGACCGUGAGAGGAGUGUUCGAACGCAAUCAGUAUUCGUUUCCGGUACUACUACAGGUCACACAAGGUCACCAUGGUGAUAUAGAUUUGGAUACAUAUUCCACAGGACAUAUAAUGAGAAUCCAUACCUAUUCCAAACAACGAAGAGUGGUGGCCAAGGAUAACCAGGGACGCCAGUUCAGUAUUCCAGUCAACUAUAAAAUUAAAUUUCGUCUAUCCAAGAAUUCUAAGAAAGGGAAAGAAUGCACGCUGACAGAGAUCGUAGAAAACAACACUCUACCAGUUAAAGUGGAGCUGUGUACACCGCCACCUGGUUACUCCUUACAUAUCGGCCAAAACAUCAAGAACUUCGAGUCCUUUGGAGAGCUGAAUCUCUUAGAGACCUACGACGAAACCUAUCUAUUGGCUAACAGUAUUGUUGAAGGGUCCAUGGAUUCAGAAGUAUUAUUUGUUCCCAUAUACCUAAAAAGCAUAGUUGUGUCGAUGAUCUGUGGCAUGGAGGGCUGUUCGGAAUCCGAGUACAUGACAUUUCUGGAACACUUGAAUCGAUCAGCGGACGCAAUCCAUUUUGAUACACAUGGGGGUAAUGACGAUAUUGCUGUAUAUUCUUCAUCCUCCGUCUCUAUGGGGUCUGACAACGUAUACGACUACAUCCAACCACAACAUUUCAUUAAGUACCGUGAGACGUACAAUCGCAGACCUUCCAUACCCAAGUUGCUGAAUAUAAAAGAAAUCACAGACAAGUUUGAGGCGAGACCAAAAGUUUUACCUAAGCCAGCGAAGGCAUAUAACAUAUACUCCAACGAUCCAACCACACAUGAAGAUGAAGCCCCACCUAUUCCAAAACGAAGAGCGGUUCCGAAACCAACUGAAAAUGCUCCAACUAGGCAUGAUACGACUGGCCACCACUACGUUAACAACUUGGUUCGAGCUAUGGUGAAACCUUUGGCAAAGGCUACUGAAUCUGCAUCAGGCAACAGACCUUCAUCUGCUGAGGAUGUAGGUUCGUCAACAUGCUUUGCCAAAGGGCUAUCAAUUAACCAACUUGCAGAUCGAUUGGAAUCCUUAAAUCUAGGGAAAUAUAUACAAACUUUCAAAGAUGCUCAAAUCAGUGGCGAUCUUCUCUUGGACUUGAACCAAGCCGUUUUAAAAGAAGACUUUGAAAUGAAGACGUUCGAAGCCAUCAAACUAAUGAAAUAUGCAAGGACUGGUUAUGUCCCAAAAUAA